UUUUUAAGAAUAUAUUUUAUGAUCUCAAUUUUUAAUUUCCUCUAAUGAAAAAUCCCAAAAACCUAGGCUAUGGACCGUUGUUUGCCAACUUUGUAGUUUGCAUUGGUUGCUUGGUGGUCAAGUCUAUGUGUGUAGCUUGGCCAUAUAUCUACGUUGAUUAUUUCACAAUUAGAGAGCACUAUCAACGGCCAAAAACAUUCCACGUGUCAAGCACCCACCUUGAACUUCAUGGUUAAGUUUCUGUUGUCUAUAAUACUCUCCUUGUGGAAAUUAAAAGUGAUAUCCCAAGGUGUAUAGUAGUUGUUACUUGUUACUAUCACUAAUCACAACCACUACUACCUUCACCACCACGCUCAACUUCAGCAAGAGAUUCUUCAAUUCACUCCUUUGUAUUUAUAUAUCUAUAUCUAUACAUAGUUAUAAUUAUUGGUCCUUUUACAGAUAGAUAAUAAAGGUCAUUAGAUAUAGACAGCAGAAGAUAAAAGAUCAUGCUCACUUCUUCUCAAUUUCCAAGGACUUUCCUUAUUCCAUUAAACAAAUCUUUAUUAGAAAACGCGGUUUGUGCUAUAAGCAUCAGCACCAAUCUCAUACUGUUACUCUUGCUAUCCUUCAGAUUCAUCCCUCUUCUAGCGCCUAGAUCAAAGGGCUGAUAGCUAUUCAUCAUCAUCAAAAUCUUGCACCUUUUUUCUGCUUUAAUUAUAUAUCUUAUUGGAUUGUGUUAUUUUUUGUUAUGGGUUUGAGUUCCAAGCAGGUUUCAAGGAGUAGUAGUGGACUUGAUUGGAACCAAGCCUUAUUGGAAUCACAGAACUUGGAGCUUCCAAUUCCAAAGCCUCAUCAUAUCAUGAAGAAACAACAACAGAAUCAAUCAUCUUCAUCAUCAUCAGAGCCAAUGAAGUGUCCAAGAUGUGAAUCUACCAACACAAAGUUCUGUUACUACAACAAUUACAACAAGUCUCAGCCUCGCUAUUUAUGUAGAACUUGCAAGAGGCACUGGACCAAAGGUGGAACUUUGCGCAAUGUUCCAGUUGGUGGUGGAAGAAAGAACAAAAGGGUCAAAAAAUCAACCGCAACAGCAACCGCCACAGCCACCGCCACCACCUCUACUUGCACCACAAGCAUCAGAAUUCAAGCUCCUUCUCUUGCAAUGGAUGAUCACAAAAACAUAGCUUCUCCUUCUCCUUCUUCUUCUUCUUCCCUCUAUCAAGGUCUGAUUCGUCCACCACCUUUCCUACUACAUCAGAAUCUGAUGAAUAAUAUCAUUACCAGAGGCAUAACAUCAGAAAGUAAAGAUUAUGGUAUUGGUAUUGGUAUUGGUAAUAAUAACAAUAAUACCAAUGGCAUCUUUCUUGGUUCAUCAGCUUUGUCUCUUCCUCAGAAUCAAGGCUUGCUUUUCCCCUUCUCAACUGCAUCAAGCUCUAAUUUUGACACAAACCCAUGUUUAGUUUCAGUUUCAACCUCUUUGCAAUCCACCAAUGUUUAUAAUAACUGUGGUGGUGAAGAGUUUAAAGCAAUAGAGGAACCAAGCAUGCACAGCAUAAUGGCUACCACUACUUCUACACAACCAUGGGAGAUACCAGCAGCAACAAUGGAAAUGUCAAACUAUUGGGGUUGGGAGGACAUUGAUUCUUUGGUCUCUACUGAUCCGAACAAUAAUCAUCCUUGGGAUGAUUCUGAUGAUAUCAAACCCUGAGAGACCAAAAAAGAAAAUAAGAUCAACUACAGAUGCAGCAACAUGACACAUGGCAGUGGUGUUCAUAGAUUAGUUAGUUUUGUUUUAUUUGAUUUAAUUGGGGGUGUUUUUUUUAUUAUUUUUAAUUUUGUGUUUUUUUACAGAUUAGUGAGUGUUCUUGUUUUUCAGAUGGAGUGAUUAUUAUUGUUACAAAGAGCAGUAUUUUGGAGCUGUUAUGUUUUAGCUUCAGCUCCAGGCUUUCAAAAAUUGGAUCCCAAUUUAUUAGAUGUAACCCACUUUGAUUAUUUCUCCCUCUUUGUUCUUUAUCUCUCUGAUCUGAUCUCUACCAUUUUUUCUCUAGUCUCUAAAUAAAUAAAUAAAAUGGUGUGUCAUAUACUGAUGUUGUAUCUAGAGAAUCCAGCUAUAGAGAAUUAUUCAUCAGUGGUUUGGAUAUUUUGCUUUUCUUUUUUAAGGUUUUGUGAAUUGUGAGUGCUUUGUGACGAGGAUAGUUGUUGUUAAAUGGGGUCUGAUCCUGCACUGCCAAACUGCUUUUCUUUUUUAAGGUUUUGUGAAUUGUGAGUGCUUUGUGACGAGGAUAGUUGUUGUUAAAUGGGGUCUGAUCCUGCACUGCCAAACUAACAGAAUGUGAUCGAAGAUUCUUGUGGAUUUUGUAUAUAUAUAUAUAUGUCGGGAGUUAUGGAAUGAUAUAUCAUCUCAAUUGAUUUUUAUUGCUCAUGAUUCAUCACCACCACUAUAUACCACUUCUUGAGAAUCAUUCUUUGAUGCUGUGACUGACUGUUGAGAAUUCUGU